AACCAAGAACAGUCAUCCUACAAUAAAGAAAGGAAGAAGGAAAAGGACCACAUUGCCAUUCUAGAAUCUGUUUAAGUGCAGCACAAAUUGCACCACUCUGUUCACAGAUCAACUCCAAGCUCUCAUCCUCCAACUCUCCCAUGUUUCUCCACUCACUAUUGAUGCAAAGGCAGAAGCACCCACAAAAAAGGAAAUCAUGGUGUGGCAGAGUGAUGGAGGUCAUAAUUCUAUGGAAAUCCGUAGUAAAACCUACAGCAGCAAAGUCUGAAGGGAUUACAGCCAACUCCAACAAAUCAAGGCUCAGAAAAUGCACCUCUCUGAAGGCGGCUUCUUCGCUCACUCGAGUCUGUCUUUGUGCUCCAAUCUCUUCCUACAAUGAGGUGUUGCAAGCUGAAGUCUUGCCGCGAAGAAGCUACAGCUAUUCGAGAUCAAAGCCUUUCGCGGCACCACCAGAGAGGAGUGUCACAAGCAUGAGAACAUCCGGUGAAGGCCGGAGAGUGUUCAGGGGGAAGUCAUUGACAGAUGACAUGAUGAUGAGAAGGUUUGUGGUGGAAGAGGAAGCCAUGAUGCAGCUGAAGAGGAGGAACCAAAUGGAGUUCAUCAGGAAGAGGAGUACCAUGAGGAGGAGACAGAUUGGACCCAGUCCUCUCAGUAGGAUGGUAAUGGCUGGAGAAGAAUAGCUCUUAUUACAUGUUACAGGGGUGUUGUAACAAGUAGUGAUACUUGCAUUGCUGUUCUCUGCCUCUCAAUGGCUUGUAUGCAAACUCCUCAUUUGGAUCUUCAUUUCUUCUUCAUACUUUGUGUUUGGGGAAUGAUUGAGAUUGUUUGUUACCACUUCAUAAUUCUAAGGUUAGCAAUUGUAUGUACCAUAUGGAUCUG